CUACAGCCUACGACAAUCAAAAGCAAAAAAAAUACAGCAUACCUCAAAAAGAAAAAUAAAGGAAGAAGAAAUCCAAUUGAAUGGAAACCCAGAAUUCAAAAUUGAUGUACAUGGCUUUAACAGUCAUAAUAAUAAUAAUAAUAAUCCCUGCAAUUUUAGGGUAUCUGGGUAUUAUGAAAUGGUUGAGAAGAAAAAAAUACCCACCAGUUGCAGGCACCAUGUUUAAUCAGCUUCUAAACUUCAAAAAGCUUCAUCAUUAUAUGACACAUCUUGCUGCUAAAUACAAAACUUACAGAUUAUUAACCCCUUUUCGAAAUGAAAUUUACACUUCUGAUCCUUCUAAUAUUGAGUAUUUCCUCAAGACCAAUUUUUCUAAUUAUGGCAAGGGGGACUAUAACUAUGCCAAUCUAAGUGAUCUAUUGGGUGACGGGAUCUUUGCUGUAGAUGGUGAAAAAUGGCGCCACCAAAGGAAAGUUUCGAGCUACGAGUUCUCCACAAGGGUAUUGAGGGAUUAUAGCACCAUGAUCUUCCGCGACAAUGCAGUUAAACUCGCAAAUGUAAUCGCUAAUGCUGCAAAUUCCGACCAAAUCAUGGACAUCCAAGAUUUGUUCAUGAAAUCAACACUAGACUCUAUCUUCAAAGUUGCAUUUGGAGUUGAAUUAGAUAGUAUGUGUGGAUCAAAUGAAGAAGGGAAACAGUUUAGCGAGGCGUUCGAUGAUUCUAGUGCGUUAUCCUUGUACCGAUAUGUAGACAUCUUGUGGCCGAUCAAAAAAUUUCUCAAUAUUGGUUCCGAGGCAAAGCUUAAGAGGAACAUCAAAAUUGUCGAUGAUUUUGUUUACAAGUUGAUCAAGAACAAAGUCGAAGCAAUGAAAAGUCCACAAAAGGAUUCUUUAUUAAAGAAAGACGACAUCUUGUCGAGAUUCUUGGAUGUGGGUAAUGAUGAUUUGAAGUAUUUGAGAGACAUAAUCUUGAAUUUUGUGAUUGCUGGGAAAGACACCACAGCAGGUACACUUUCAUGGUUUACAUAUAUGAUUUGUAAACACCAAAAAGUGCAGGAUAAGGUUGCUGAAGAAGUAAGGAAAGUUACAAACAUGAAAGGUGUAAGAAAUUAUUCAGAGUUUGCAGCAUGUCUGACUGAAGAAGCACUUGAAAGAAUGCAGUAUUUACAUGCUGCAUUGACUGAGACUCUCAGACUCUAUCCUGCUGUUCCAGUGGACUCGAAGAUAUGUUUUGCUGAUGACACAUUUCCUGAUGGAUACUGUGUGAAUAAAGGAGACAUGGUAGCUUACCAACCCUAUGCAAUGGGAAGAAUGAAGUUUAUUUGGGGCGACGAUGCGAAGGAGUUUCGACCAGAAAGAUGGCUUAAUCAAGACGGCCUCUUCCAAGCAGAGAGUCCCUUCAAGUUUACAGCCUUUCAGGCAGGUCCACGAAUUUGUCUAGGAAAGGAGUUUGCUUACAGGCAGAUGAAGAUCUUUUCAGCUGUUUUGUUGAGCAGUUUCAUCUUCAAACUUAGUGAUGAGGAAAGCAUAGUAAAUUAUAGGACUAUGAUUAAUCUUCACAUUGAUGGUGGUUUACACAUUUGUGCUCUCCAUCGAGAUUAAGCACCCAACAAAAUGAGGUAUAUUAGUGUAUGAUACAAAAUAACUACAAUAACUUUUUAUUAUUUUGUAUUGUAUAUUAGGGUAUAAUCCUAUUUAUAUGUACAAAUUCUCAAACGAGAUGCUUUCAUGUUUAGACUAUUUCUAUUAGGUUGGAUUAAUGUACAAUUAUAUCAUAAAUACUAAUAAAAGAACUGGAAAAUAACACAUGACAACUUCUUAUAAUUUUGUAAAAUAUAGAAGUAUUAAUUUAAUUGGACUAUAAUUGAUUGUGU